AACAAAGAGUCCGAGUCUUGUCCUGAUCAAGUUUCUGCUUCAUGACGCAGUCGCCCUCUGUGACGUCACUGCGUCACAAUUGCGCAUGUGUGUUUCACAGGAGAUAAACAAACCUGCACGAGCCUCGAUCUGUUGACGUCUUCUGAACCAACAGUCCCAUUCAGGAGUGACUAUGGGGAAGUCAAUUUCCCACCUCACCAAGCAGACAAGCGAUGACGAGGACCGGCUCUCCUCUCCUGAGGACGAUCAAACUGAGGAUGGCAAGGACGGAGACGUCUCCCAGUUUCCUUACGUGGAGUUCACAGGAAGGGACAGUGUGACAUGUCCCACAUGUCAGGGAACAGGGAGGAUACCCAGAGGACAAGAAAAUCAAUUGGUGGCAUUGAUUCCAUACAGUGACCAAAGGCUACGGCCCAGGAGGACGAAGUUGUAUGUCUCAGCGUCAGUGGUGGUCUGCCUGUUACUGUCCAGUCUGGCCGUGUUCUUCCUCUUCCCUCGUUCCAUCGACGUCUCCUAUGUUGGGGUGAAGUCUGUUUUUGUCAGCUACGACCAAGACAAGCGCAGCGUCUAUCUCAACAUCACAAACACUCUCAACAUUACAAACAACAACUACUACUCAGUGGAGGUGGCCAACAUCACAGCCCAGGUGCAGUUUGCAAAGACAGUAAUCGGUAAAACCCGCAUCAAAAACAUCAUUGCCAUCAGCCCUCUGGACAAGAAACAGACUGAUUAUAUGGUUCCCACCAUCAUCGCAGAUGAGAUGAGCUACAUGUUUGACUACUGCACCCUGCAAACCAUCAGGGUUCACAACAUUGUCGUCAUGAUGCAAGUCACUGUCACAACAACGUACUUUGGCCAUGUGGAGCAGGUGUCUCAGGAGAUGUACCAGUAUGUGGACUGUGGAGGGAACACAACCUCUGUCAGAGGGAUGCCCCAGCCCUUUAACAUCCCACACCCUGCUGAGUAACCCCCACCUGUGUGUUCCUCACUGGCCCUGACUCAGGCCCUGGAUGGUCACCUUAGGUGCUUUGCGGUGUUCCCUCUUCUUCCUACCUGCAGGGUCUAACAAUCUGCUGUUGACAUGAAAGUGUGGAGUGGAAUUCAAAACCAACACAAACAAAGUCUACACUGAAAUGAGAAUUGCACCCAGAAAAUUUUGCAAAGCAAAAGUGUUGACUUGUGUGUGGAGGAUCACUGCAUUCAGCAAAGAAAGCAAAUCAACAGGAGUGCUUUGCUAAUUAAGAGAUCUGUAUCCAAAAGAUGUUUUUGAAACAAUUACAAGUGAACUGUUUUUUAAUUAAGAGCUCCUUAUCUACUAAGUACAAAGUUUCUCUUAACUCGUGUUUGAAAUAAUACAAAGGUGUUUCAUACAUACAAGAUCCCUGACUCGUAAUUAUAAGAAAACAAUUAAGCAAAAAUAAUACUUGUAGUUAUGAAAAGACCACUGCAGUAAGUAGUAAACAGUGCAAUUGCAGAUACACGUGUCAUAACUACCAGACCUGUAUUUGACCGUUGGGAGAAAAAAUAUCUAUAAUAAUCAAGUUUUUGCAGAAAAACCCAAUCCCAAAAUAAAAAAAAAUCUUUUAAAAUUUCAAAAUCAUUACCUUGAAAUUAAGAGAGGAGAAUUUGCUACACUUUAGUAUAAAUAGAUUUAGUUUAAGAAUUAUAUCGAUAAUUCAUAGAUUAAACAAAAUAUUUUUUUAACUCUGGGAUCCAUAUUUUUUAAUAUGAAUCAUUAUGAGAUGCUAAUAUAUGAUUCUAGCGAAUGUGGCAAAUCUUUUUCUCUUUUAAGAGUGCAGUGUGCACUCCACAAUGUUGACUGGUUUAGGUGGCCCGCUAUUCAGCUGCAAAUGUGGGUGGGUGUGUGUUUGAUGGUCCAGUUUCAGCUCGGACUUUUCAGUUUCACUUUUCCACCUCUUGUGUGUUGUAGUGUAUGAGAAUGUGAGGCGAUCUCAAAGCUGAGAGCAGUUCAUUGUUUCACUAACAAAAAGUUUUUUCGCUGCUUCAUUAAGUUGUCUUCUUUUGUUUAUGUAGGCCUGCUGAUUUUAUCUCUAAUAUAAGUGCCAACAUGAUACCUGAAUUUCAAUCCCAACUUUGUUUUACGAUAUCUUUGUUUGCAGUGUUGAGGUUUGAUGCCAGCACCAAUUUCAAUAUAAGAAGUGGUGGCACAUCUGUCGUUUCCAUGAUGUAAGAUUAGGUUUAUAGUUACAUGAGUCACCAUCAUAUCUCAACUGUAGUUAUAUCCAGAGUAUCUAGUAGCCUAAAGGGUUGCUCUGUUUUCCUGCCUGACAUGCUGAAAGUAAGGUAUUGGAUUCAAUGCUUUCUAAUGUCUGCUGAAAUAUAACAUCUGUUAUCAUGACAAUGCUCUUAAAUAAUCUUGGAUUUUCAGAAAAGGGCGUAUGUUAGAAAAAUAAGCUGAAAAACUUCAUUAUUAUUUAUACCAUUUAAACCAUAAUGCACUACAUAGGUCUAUUUAAAGGGCACAUUUUAUUAUAGGUCUCAAGAUCUCUAAAACAUGCCUAUAGUAGCUUUUGGCUGUCAGGUGCUCAGUAUUGGUUUGUUGCUAAAAUGGAGGCUUUCCUUUUUUCCAAUUUAAAGUUUGAGGUGAACAUUCUGAUGGGGGCAGGUGGUGACAAUUUCUGAUGUGUUAGCUCUCUAACUUUUAAGAGAAAGUCUGUUUUGUUUUUUUAUCAUUCCACUGUCGGGAUAGAUGUUUUUAAUCUAAUGUUUGCAAAUUAAAGAGUUAUGGCUUCUUUACACCAGAAUUCAAAAUAACAUUUGGAGUAAAGUUGGUUAAUUUCAGUGAAAUCAAUAGAAUCCCUCAGCUGGGAGGAAGUUAAUUUCAUCACAUCUUGCACAUCAUCUUCAACUUUGGGAAACUUUGAGAUAUUUCAGCCAGUAAACAAAAGCAAAAGUCCUUAGGUGAUCAGGGGCCUCAUUUGUUAAACAGUGAGUGAGAUUCAUUCGAAUUUAUAAAAUCGUGCCCAUGCUGACCUGAACCAUUGCUCACUUUAUAAUUCACUGUCUGGCCGUGAAUGUGGAUCUGCUGCUAUGUCGGCCUUGUACAAGCCCACAUUCACCAUAAAUGGUCAAUACAAAGCACCUCAUGAAUAUUAAAUUAUCCUGCUGAUCAAAGGGUUUCCAGCAUGAGUCAUGACCGUCACGGCAUCAAGCGAUGAGAAGAGGAAGCUAAACUUUCUGACACUAACAUCGAGGUGUUUGUUAGUGAGGUGGAGGUGAAGAGAGAUUAUAUGGGAAAGCGGUGAUGUCACUAAUAAAGAAAGUGCACUAAUACGCUGCAGCUGCUGUUGUUAUAAUAGUACUUGAGAGUGAGCACGAUAGAUUGAAUCGAGCCUGAAUUAAAAAAAGAUCCAAUUCAAAGGUGCAGUCAAAAGAAAAACACUAUCAGAAUGUGAGGGGACUACUGUUCAUAUUUCAAUCAUCCAAAACUGCAGGAUUAUUAAAUUCAGAGACAGAUGUGAUGUCCUCAAUCUAUAGAAUUUAACAGAAUUUUUAUUGUAUGCCUGUGUUUGUACUGGGAUUGUUGGGUUCGGGUGGUCUGUGUCAUACUGAACUAACGCCAUCGUCAUGGUUACAAAACUCUGAUUGCUGAACCCAAGUUUCCUCAUCCAUUCAUUCACGCACAGUGUUAGAGGACAUUAUUAAAACCUACUAAUGACUCGGCUCUGCUACUCCACUGUUUAUAUGUCUAAACUUGAUUUGCUGGUUGGAGUUUGUCGUCUUCUUCAAUUAAGUGAAAGUUAGUUUUAGUGUUAAUGGUGAAGUGGGUCAUUAAUAUGGCUUCAGUUCACCACCAAGAGCAUUGAGUUUAUUCUGUCUUCAUUCCUAAUAGGUUGAGGAGAAUAAACUACAUAUUUUGUUCCAAUAUAGAAAAGCACACUUGAAUUGUUAUUAAUCCAAAAUGCACCUGUAACAAUCCCCAUGAAAACUUUACUGUAGUAGUAGUAUUUAUUUAGGACUCCUAACAUAGACCUUUAACAACCCACUUGAACAAUAACUUUUAAAAAACAUGACUCCUACCUCUUCUGACAUGUUGUUGCUAUGUAUUUGUUUUGAGUAAAGUUUUACAAUCAA